UGCUUUUCAGUCUGAAUGUUCAUGCAGAGAUAUCCCUGUACCUCCUGCCAGAUGUUAGGAGAUUGAACAGGUUAUUGCUGGGGUCAGAUGAGAUUACGAUUUUUCCGAGCCUGCUGUAGACAUUGUGAGUUGUAGAUGGUUUCCAUAUAAGACCAUAAGACAUUGAAGCAGAAUUAAACCCAUCAAGUCUGCUCUGCCAUUCAAUCUUGGCUGAUCCUUUUUGUUAAUCUCCUCCUCAACCCCAGUUCCCAGCCUUCUCCCGGUAACCUUUGAUGCCAUAUCCAAUCAAGAACCUGUCAAUCUCUGCCUUAGAUACACCCAGUGACCUGGCCUCCACAGCUGCAUCUGGCAACAUAUUCCACAAAUUCACCACCUUUUGGCUAAAGAAAUUUCUCCACAUCUGUUUUGAAAGGGCGCCACUUUAUCCUGAGGCUGUACCCUCUUGUCCUGAACUCCCCCACCAUGGGAAGCAUCCUUUCCACAUCUACUCUCUCUAGGCCAUUGAACAUUCGAAAGGUUUCAGUGAGAUUCUCCCCCCCCCCCCCCCAAUCUUUCUGAAUUCCAGCAAAUACAGGCCCAGAGCCAUCAAACAUUCCUCGUAUGAUAACCCUUUCAUUCUUGGAAUCAUCCUUGUGAACCUCCUCUGGACCCUCUCCAAUGCCAGCAACAUCUGAGGGGCCCAAAACUGUUCACAAUACUCAAGGUGAAGCCUCAACAUCGCAUUCUUGUUCUUGUAUUCUGGACUUCUUCAGAUAAGUGCUAAAUGGCAUUUGCUUUCCUCACCACUGACUCAACCUGCAAGUUAACCUUCAGGUUGUUCUGCACGAGGACUCCCCAAGUCCCACUGCAUCUCAGAUUCCUGGAUUUUCUUCCUGUUUAGAAAAUAGACGGCACAUUUAUUUCUACUGCCAAAGCACAUGACCGUGCAAUUUCUAAUGUAUUUCAUUUGCCACUUCCUUGCCCAAUGUCCUCCUGCAUCCUACCUGUCUCCUCAACGCUACCUGCCCCUCCACCAAUCUUCGUAUCAGUUGCAAACUUGACAACAAUGCCAUCUAUUCCAUUAUCUAAAUCAUUUAUAUACGGCAUAAAAAGUGGUCCCAACACUGACCAUUGUGGAACACUGCUAGUCGCUGGCAGCCAACAAGAAGAGGAUCCUUUUAUUCCCACUUGCUGCCUUCUAUCAAUCAGCCAGUGCUCUAACCAUGCCAGUAACUUUUUUUUGUAAUACCAUGGGCUCAUAACUUGGUAAGCAGCUUCUUGUGUGGUACCUUGUCAAAGGUCUUCUUAAAAUCCAAAUAUACAACAUCUACUGUAUCCCCUUUAUCUAUCCUACUUGUAACCUCCUCAAAGAAUUCCAACAGGUUCAUCAGGCAAGAUUUUCCCUGAAGAAAACCAUGCUGACGGCCCAUUUUGUCCUUUGUCACCAAGUACUCCAUCACUUCAUCCUUAACAAUUGAUUCCAACAUCUUCCCAACUACUGAGGUCAGGCUAACUGGUCUAUAAUUUCCUUUCUGCUGCCUUCCUCCUUUCUUAAAGAAUGGAGUGACACUUGCAGUUUUCCAGUCCUCUGGCACCAUGCCAGAGUCCAAUGAGUUUUUGAAAGAUCAUUUCUAAUGCCACCACAAUCUUUAACGCUAUCUCUUUCAGAACCCUAGGGUGCAGUUCAUCUGGUCCAGAUGACUUACUAACCUUUAGGUCUUUCAGAUUUUUGAGCACCUCCCUUGUAAUAGUAACUCUACCCACUUCUCUUCCUUCACAUGCUGCAACAUCAGGCAUGCUGCUGGUGUCUAUAUCUGGUAAUUGUAUCCCAUUAAUGUUCUGUGUAGUCCUGAUAACUUGUUAUGCUUUUUGGUUGAUCUUACUGCAGCUAGUGUACCAUACUGCCAUGCAGUAGGUCAGCAUGCUCUCAAUUACACAUCGGUAAAAGUUUAUCAGUGGCUUUUGGGGAUGAUUUGCUUUCUUUAAACUCCUAAGAUAAUAUAGGUGCUGCUGAGCCUUCCCUGCUAUCAAGGAAGCUCUGCUGUGAUGUCCACUCCCAAGAAGUUGAUGCUGGAGACCCUUUCCACUGCUUCAUCGUGGUAAAGCUUGUAAAGAAUGAUCAGGUACAAGAGGUACCCAAGUGUAUUUCAGUUAUUUACUUAAUAGAACCAUCCCAAAUCUGUGUUCUGUAAUGCCACAAAGGGCAAAGGCAUAGGUACGUAAAAACACCACAGCUUUCCGAUUCUCUACAAGUUGUACGUUAUGUUGACUUAGAAGUGAAUCGUAAUUCCUUCGUGAUUGCUGGAUCUAAGUCUUGGAAUUAUCCAACAAACAGCUUUAUGGAGUACUUUAACCAGAAAACUACAACAGUUAUAGAAAGUGGUUGCCACCAGCUUUUCAAUAGGAAUUGGCAAUAAAUAUUGACCUUGCUACUAAUGUGUGGAUGACUUGUCCAGUAUCAAAACAAUUUUCCUCUUGAAUUCCAUGUUUCUAAUUUGGUGUGUGCAUUUCACACAGUUCCGUGUAGCGAGUUUGAUGUUAUGUUCACUAUGAGUACAUAUUUCAAAUAAAAUAUUUACUGGGAGGAUGUACUGGUGAGGACUACUUUGGAUCAAACUCUUGGUGCUGUGGAAGAGCUUAAGGACUAGAAUCUUUCAUGCCAAGGAAAAACUCCCAGCACAGAUUCCUUGCAGUGCUUCUACUAAAAGUCAGGUGUAACAUGCUAAAUUAUAAGAAAAAAUAAAUCAAACACUGAAUGCAAUUCAUUUUAUUUUUGUUUCAGUUAACCUUGCAAUAGUACCGAUGGACUGGAAAUGCUCCUAAUGCCAGUGUAAUUAAUAAGUUAAACAUUGUUUAGCAAUGUUUGAUUGCAUCACAGGUAGUUUCGUUCUUGUAUCCUCCACAUUCCUAUUUGAAAAUCUAUUCAAAGGUUACACAAAUACUGUUCCUGACUGACUUGUUCUUUCUAGGCAAUUAAUUCUGCAAAACAAAUUUUUCCGUUACAGUUUGCUUCCUAAGUGCUUUCAUACCCCUAACUGUUCACUCCUUUUCUUCCCUUCAGACAUUCCAAAUCCUCUUUCUAUUGAAAAACAUUUGGAAAUUUGCCUUAGAAAUGCACUACAAAGAUGCAUCAGUUUUUGUUUGAUAAUAAGAAAUAAGUUGUGAUAUUUGUUGCUCUAUGACAAACAUUGUUAUCUGAACAGAACUGAAGCCAAGGAGACCAGUUAAUAUGGACAGGUUUGUGUCUGUUCAGUGACUGGUAUUGUAGAUCUUCAGCAUUCAAUUUAAGUUUUGCUCUUAGCAACAUUCAGUAUCUUUGCAAACUCUAAAGGCAAUUUUGGGUCCUUCUUGGAACUUCUAUUUUCACUUUUAUAAGAAUGGUAGAAUUUAGGCAGAAUAAGUCUUAAUACAGAAAAGCUGCUGUCAAUUCCAGAGCAAUUGUACAAAAGAACAAAUGAAGAGGAAGCCAAAGAUCAGAGUCUGGAUUGGAAAGUUUGCAAAUUCUUGCAGUGGAAUGUGAGAUAGAAGUGGGAAAUGGCUUCUGAUUUCAGCAGGGAGCAGUCAAAUUUUCAUGUAUUAACUAUUAUCAAAUUGACCACAUUUUCUACUAACUAAUCAGAUCCAAAUUAGAAGAAACUUCAGACAGUGUUUUUGAUUAAUGUAACCAAUGCUUGUCCUUGCUGGUAUGUGUAUUGCAGAUACACAUACCUUAAACAGUGUUCAUUUUGCAAGUAAUAAUUUCAGUUUUUGCAGUGUACUGCUGCUCCAUAAUUCUGAUUCUGAAAUUUCAUUUUCAGAGAUAACGGGCAUUGGUGUUGGAAAGAAUGAAUGAUGGAUAGUGAUGCAGAGAGAGUAAAUGAUUAAAGUGGUGGUGCUGUCUGAAUGAGAAUUGUAAAAGCCAGUGAUGUGUGAGCAGGAGUUAUGGAAUGAAGUCUGAAAUAUUAGAGGACUUACUGGAAAUGUGAUGAGAAUCAAUGUUCGCAGAUAUUAAUUUUUAUAAUAUGGGGACAGGCCAAGAAAACUUUCAAAUGGUGAAUGGAAUGCCGGACUUUGUCUCAAAAUAACAAAUCGAAGCCCUGAUUAGACUGCAUUAACCAUGCUUAAUAUUCAUAAUACGUAUCUGUAUGUUUCAGCUAAGGUUGCUUAUAUAUGGGAAACUAUUUUGGUGCACAUUCUGAUUUGAACAUACCUCAUAUCUACCUCAUUAAUUUUGCAGAAUACCUGUAAAGAGGUCAGGAAAGUGCUGGAAUUGUGACAAGUAAUGGGAGCUCCUCACCAUCAUAUAUGACACACAAGGGAAUGGGUCUCGUAAGCAAUAACUUUAAUGAAGAACAGAUAAAAAAGCUUCGCAGUGGAAAUCUGGGUAUAGGACAUACGCGAUAUUCUACAUCGGGUAUUUCCGAGUUACAGAACUGUCAGCCAUUCGUGGUGGAAACACUUCAUGGAAAGAUUGCUUUAGCUCACAACGGAGAAUUGAUCAAUGCAAAACAAUUAAAAAUGAAGGUACUACGUCAUGGGGUUGGCUUAUCAACUAGUUCUGACAGUGAACUUAUUACACAACUUCUGGCUCUGACACCUCCAAAAGAAGAAGCUGAUACACCAGACUGGGUGGCCAGGAUUAGAAAUUUGAUGACGGCAACAUCUACCUCUUACUCAAUACUGCUUAUGUAUAAGGAUGUAAUCUAUGCUGUCCGUGACCCUUAUGGAAAUCGCCCCUUGUGCAUUGGCUGUCUUGUACCAGUUUCUGAACUGCGAAGUUCAGGAAACCCAGACAUUGAAAUGCAUCCUGAAGGAUGGGUGGUUUCUUCUGAAUCAUGUAGUUUCCAAUCUAUUGGAGCUAGGUAUUUUCGUGAAAUAUUGCCAGGAGAAAUAGUACAGAUUUCUAAGAAUGGAAUCCAGACACUUGAUGUUGUACCCAGAGCUCGGGGAGAUCCACCUGCAUUCUGUAUCUUUGAGUAUGUCUAUUUUGCCAGACCUGACUCCAUAUUUGAAGGACAGAUGGUAUAUACAGUCAGGCGGCGAUGUGGGCGGCAGCUUGCUAUUGAGGCACCUGUAGAUGCAGAUUUAGUGAGCACUGUUCCAGAAUCCGCAACUCCAGCAGCACUUGGUUAUGCGCAGGAGGCCGGACUACCAUAUGUUGAAGUACUAUGCAAAAAUCGUUAUGUGGGCAGAACAUUCAUUCAACCAAAUACAAGACUGAGGCAACUAGGAGUAGCACAAAAAUUUGGAGCCCUGAGUGAUAAUUUUGCUGGAAAGCGGAUUGUGUUAAUAGAUGAUUCAAUUGUGCGUGGAAAUACAAUUUCUCCAAUCAUUAAACUCCUGAAGGAAGCUGGUGCCAAAGAGGUACACAUUCGUGUGGCUUCACCUCCAAUAAGAUUCCCUUGUUAUAUGGGUAUUAACAUUCCAACAAAAGAAGAACUGAUUGCCAACAAACCAGAAUUUGAAGACCUUGCAGGAUAUAUAGGUGCAUCUAGUGUGAUAUAUCUUUCUGUUGACGGAUUGGUAUCUGCUGUACAAGAGGGAAUUAAGAGGCAAACAAAUUCCAUACUAUAUGAUGCUGAAAAUGGCAAAACAUCAGUGAGACAAAUGGGUCAUUGUACAGCUUGUCUCACCGGAAAAUAUCCCGUGGAGCUUGAGUGGUGAAUUGCAUUAAUUAUGCCCCUGUUGUUAUUCAGGUUUAUUUUUGUCGGUAUAUCACCAUCCAGUCAUUCUUCUUGAUGGUGCCAGCAUUAAAUUCUUGCACAAAUCCAUGUCCUCUAUUACAUUUCUUUGCACCUCUGUGGAACUGUUGAAGACUGCAUCACUUGACGGUAGACAUUCCAAGGAUGGUCAUAUGAAGUGCAUUUAUUAGAAGUCAUUUGAUAUCAGAGAAAUACAUCUUCAGAUUUUGCCUGAAAUAUUUUGGAAAUUAUGACAUAAAAAUGAUUAAACUUAUGGAGAAACACCAGAUUGCAAGAGUUUAGAAUACCCUUGGAAAAUGAGCAUAUUUUUUUAAAAUUCACCAUUGGUUUUUCUUUUCUUUUUAAGUUGGCUAAAUUUUGCAAUGUUGCUUUUUCUUUCAGAUGUAAUAGAGGCACAAUGUUUUGUAAAUACCAUCAGGGCAAGGAGAUAGUAAAGUUCGGUGAAGGGACUUGUUUAAGGUUUUUUUAAUUUUAGCUACUCAAGACUUCAUUUGAGUUAAGCAUUUGACUGUACACUUUUUGUCCAUAGACUCUUGAACUGGCUGCUCAACAAUUUAUUAGCUAAUUAAAUUGCCAAAGGCUGUUACAUAGUUGAAAACAAAAGUAGUUUACUUUGUACAACUGGAUAGCCUUUAGAUAUCAAAUGUGCCUUUUAUUCCUAAUGACAAGUAUUUCGUUUACAUGGUGAAGCUUUCAAUCCUGUUACUUUGAUUUUAGAAAAUCAAUUAUCAAUCAUUGUACAUUAAGAAUGUGUUGCUGUCUUUGUCUUGUAUAAAUACUUGUAUGAAAAAUGUAGAUAGUGGCCCCAAUAUAUCUCAUUUACGUAACAGUAAGGCUUUUUUUUAAACAUUAACUGUUUGUCCCAUAAGCUCAAUUGUCUAAAUAGUUUGUACCUUUGGAACAAAUGGACUUCUUUUCUCAAAGUCCUUUUUUUAUUGUUUUAAUGCAUUGUUCCAAUAUUUAUCUGAUUUGUAAUAUUGACAAUUGGUAAAAGAAAGUGAAAUCACUUUUUCAUUUGUAUUUUCUGACUAAAGUAUUUUACAUUCCACUAUUGCAUUGUUAAGCAUUAGGGUGUAACAUAUCCGUGGUGGAAAAUUGCAAGCUGUUAUGUAAUAAACUACAUAAAAUAUUUAGUUCCACCAUUUUUGCUUGUGCAAUAUCAAGAUUCUGUCCAGUUUGUUGAAUUUGAAAUUGAAUAAUUUUUUGUUACUUUUUGGGGGGGGGGGGUUGAAUAAUAUCUUUAAUUCCCUUUGGAAUUUUAAAUAAAAGCAAUGAAUAUUUGGAAACACUAGAGAAGUUAACAUCUUCAAAGAAAAUUAAUUCUGUUGAUCUAUUA